AUGGCUCCUGGCCUCACAGAGACUGUGGCCCUUCGGGCACCAACUAUCGCCUCUCCGUUGAAGGCCGAGGCUGGUCAUAAUAAGGAGAACUUGAUCGGAUACAAGAUCGAGAAAGACCGGGAGAUUAAGGGCACAGACAAGAUCGCCCCCGUAUCCUAUCCUGAAUAUCUGCCCGUGUGGGAUAACGAGACAGAAAGAUACCCCCCUCUGGUGCCCUUCGAGCACUAUGAUCACGGAAAGGAUGCCGAUCCCUCUUUCCCAGACCUCUUCCCCAAAGACCAAGCCAAGAUCGAUGAGAUCACACCUUUCAUUGGUUCCGAAGUCCACGGCGUGCAGCUCAGCCAGCUGUCCGACAAGGGCAAGGACCAACUAGCUCUCUAUGUUGCACAGCGACGAGUGGUCGCCUUCCGCGAUCAAGACUUCGCAUCCCUCCCAAUCAAAGACGCCGUCGAGUACGGCGGCUACUUCGGUCGCCACCACAUUCACCAGACCUCCGGUGCUCCCAAGGGCUUCCCCGAGGUCCACCUCGUCUUCCGCGGUGCCGACGACCGUACCGGCGAGACCUUCCUCCAGCAACGCACCAACACCAUCACCUGGCACUCGGACGUCACCUUCGAGAAGCAGCCCCCCGGCACAACCUUCCUGUAUGUCCUCGACGGCCCCACCACCGGCGGCGACACCCUCUUCGGCGACAUGGUGCAGGCAUAUAAGCGUCUGUCACCUGCCUUCCAGCAGCGUCUGCACGGAUUGAAGGCCGUGCACUCCGGUCUCGAGCAGGUCAACGCCAGUCUGAACGGCGGUGGUAUUGCCCGUCGCGACCCGGUGCAAUCUGAACACCCCAUUGUGCGCACUCACCCCGUCACCGGCGAGAAGGCACUCUACGUCAACCCCCAGUUCACCCGUCACAUUAUUGGAUAUAAGAAGGAAGAGUCAGAUAACCUCCUCAAGUUCUUGUACGACCACAUCGCCCUGUCGCAGGAUACUCAGGCUCGCGUCCGCUGGAGAGCCGGUACCGUCGUCGUCUGGGAUAACCGCGUCGCAUGCCACUCCGCCGUAUUCGAUUGGGAGGAUGGUCAGCGCCGCCACCUCGCCCGUCUCACACCCCAGGCCGAGGCUCCUUACGAAACCCCCUUCGACGGAUAG